CUCUAUUUCUUCUUCAUCUCACUAGCUUUCUGAAAGCAAAGCUUUUACAAUAAUGAGAAACAAGCGCAUUCAAGCUAUGAAGAUUCUAAUGGUGAUUAUGAUAAUGUUUUCAUGGAGGAUUUGUGAAGCCGAGUACUUUAGAAGACACACAUCAUCAUCUAGACCAGAAAGAUUUUUCAAGGUGAGAAGACCAAAUCCACUUCAUCAUCAUCAUAAUCAUGGUUUCAUCGAUGAUGAUUAUUAUCCUCCAGAAAGUUUCUCCGGAUUUUUGCCCAAGACAAUGCCAAUUCCACCUUCUGCUCCUUCCAAGAAACACAAUGUUUAUGGUUUGCAGAGUACCAAUCCUCAAAGAUAUCCAUAAUCUUCGAUCACCAAGAUAUACUAAAUUACACGUAUUAUGUAUAUUUACAUAUUUAAAUAACAUAGAUAUCGAGUUAUGUUUGCUUCUUUCUCUCCUUUUGUUUUUCUUGAAGUAAUCACCAAAUUACGGUCGGGCUAUUUUUGGAUGCACGCCUAUUUAUUUCAACCUUAUUUGUAUUAUAGUUUGGAGAAUUAUGUAUCCUAUAUGUAAACUCAUGACUGAAUCAUUGUAAUGCAUCAUGCUAAUGUACCUUCUUCGUUAUAUCACUAAUUAAAAC